ACUCUGUACGAUUAACGGGGCUGUUACAGAGUUUUUGUUCUCAUAAACCCUAAAACCCCUAUCCGAUAAAACAUUCGAUUCGACGACUUCCUCAGCUGUAAUGGCCGGCAAUAAUAUAAAGGGUGCUAAACCACAAAAGCCUCCUCCCACAAAGAAGCAAAAGAGUGACUUUUUUACUGCUAGACUUGCAAAGAAAGAUGACUUUUCCGACCAUUCUGACAGCAUCGAUGAAAUAGAGCAACACGAGGAGUUUGAUGGAGAAGAGCAACAUUUUGGCUCUGGUUCAGAAAUCUCUUCUGAUGGGGAUGAUCUUCUAGCCGAUGAUUUCCUCCAAGGAAAUGAUGAUGAAGAAGGUAUUACGUUUCGCAAUUGUUAAGGUUCAUGAUUUGACUCGGAUGAAUCUGAUAUCGAGGAGAAGUCAAGAGCUAUUGAUGCUGAAAGGGACAGGGCCGAAAAAGAAGCAGUGGAGGAAUUGCAUCUCAACAUUAAAGAGGAGUCUGAUGAGUUUAGAUUGCCAACCAAGGAGGUUGAUUAUUGUUGUCGCGUUACAUGUUGUAUUUUAAUUGCUUGACUUUCGAAUUUUAUUAAAUUUUCUUUUUGAUUGGCUUGUAUCGUCAUGCUUAUUUCCCUUCUACUUCUGAAAUAACUUAUGAGCUUGAAGAAGAGGCACAUCGGCCCCCCGACCUUCCAAAUCUCCAAAGGCAGAUAAAAGAGAUUGUUCGAGUUGUUUCAAAUUUUAAGGCCUUGAGGCAGGAGGGAACGACAAGGAAGGAUUACAUUGGGCAGCUUAAGAAGAUGUUCCCCGUUGUUGAACUUCUGGAAAUUAUUGAAGCCUUUGAGAAGCCUCGACCCAUACGUUUGCGACCUAACACUUUAAAGACACGGAGGCGGGAUUUGGCAGAUGUUCUGAUAAACAGAGGUGUAAACCUAGAUCCCUUAAGCAAGUGGUCAAAAGUUGGACUGGCUGUAUAUGAUUCACAAGUGCCCAUUGGUGCAACUCCUGAAUAUAUGGCUGGUUUCUACAUGCUCCAGAGUGCAAGCUCUUUUUUGCCUGUUAUGGCCCUUGCUCCUCAAGAAAAGGAACGAAUUAUUGAUAUGGCGGCUGCACCGGGUGGCAAAACAACCUAUAUUGCUGCACUUGUGAAAAAUAGUGGAAUUAUUUUCGCAAAUGAGAUGAAGGCCCCUAGGCUUAAGUCACUCACUGCUAAUCUGCAUCGCAUGGGAGUGACGAACACCGUAGUUUGUAACUAUGACGGGAAGGAGCUCCCCAAGGUUUUGGGUGUCAACAGCAGAGUAUUGCUGGAUGCCCCUUGCAGUGGGACUGGGGUUACCUCUAAAGACGAGUCUGUUAAAAACUCAAAAAGCUCUGAAGAAAUACAGAAAUGUGCCCAUUUGCAGAAGCAACUCAUUCUUGCCGCAAUUGACAUGGUGGAUGCCCAUUUGAAAUCCAGGGGAUACGUUGUUUAUUCUACCUGCUCCAUAAUGCUUGCUGAGAAUGAAGCAGUUGUUGACUAUGCACUCAGGAAGAGGAAUGUUAAAUUGGUGUCUUGUGGGCUUGACUUUGGGCGUCCAGGGUUUAUCCGCUUUAGAGAACAACGCUUUCACCAGUACUUGGGAAACACAAGGCGUUUCUAUCCUCAUGUUCAAAAUAUGGACGGAUUUUUUGUGGCAAAAUUGAAAAAAAUAAGCAACUCAAAGCCAGUUGCAGAACCUUCUGAACCAUCCAAAACGGUGGAGCAAGGUUCAAGGACAAAUGAGAGCAGCAAUGGAAAGAAUACAGAUGAAUUGACGGUUGGCACUAUGAAAGAAAUAGAGGUUUUGGAAAAUGUUGUUGUUGAAAAUUAUAAAGAAGAAUCACGGGCAACUGCCAACCAGGGGAAGAAAAGGAAGUUCCCAUCAAGAGAGGAGGAGAAGAGAAAAAGGAAAUUCCCAUCAAGAGAGGAGAUAUCAAGAGCAAGGGAAGAGAAGAGAGGGGCGUUGAGGAAAAAGAGGCUGCACCGCUGAGGAGUGGAAGUAGAGGUCACACCAACGGCAACUCAUGAAUCAUGAUGGAUAAAUUCCUAAUGGUUUAAGUUGGGGUACGCAAGGAGCGGAGCGUUCACGAGAGAAGCUAUAUAGCUACUGUUUGCUUUUUGCAAUGCUGCCAUCACAACAGAAUCGAGGAAUUGAUAACCAAAAGGUUUGGCUUCUCGAAUAUUGUUGUCGGAAAAUUAUGCAUCCUUACCCUUAUCAUUAGUGUAGACACCUAUGCCACUGUUACUCAAAAGGAAAAAAGAUAUUGGAAGACAUUGAAAUGAUCGGGGUUUAUAGUGGUUGAUGGAAAAGAUUCCACAGUUGUCGGUCUUUAAAAUAAAACCAUGUUUCUUUAAUUUUUAUAUGUAUAUAUUAUAUUUGGCCAUUGCAUAUGUGAGCAUGUGAUGUGGGUGAACCAACUGGCCAUUUGGAAUAAAGGAAUCCUGUUUCUCUGGCA